AUGCAGGACCGGCGACAUUACGUGCCGAGAGCUUUGAUUGUAGUUUCAACAUUAAAAAGUGGGAUUCAUGGUUUAGACCCCGAAGAUGAAUUAGACAAUUUAACAGAACUUAAAAGCGUUAAAAAGACUCGUAAACAACAGAAGGAAAAUUGCGCGAGUCCUGUGACGGACAAAAAACGAAAGAACUACGUAAGAUAUCCAUCAGAAGAAAACAUAGCGUUUAGUUUAAAUGUUAAAUCUGAGAACAUUGCUAAAAGCUCUCGCAAAUCAAGGAGAAAUACACUUAAAGAGCAGAAUUUACUUAUAACAGACUCUGAAACGUCUAACGAUGAAAGAAAACCAGUGCGAUUAACACGACGUACCAAAAAGUUUGAUAUUGACGACGGUUCAGAAAAUGUCCCAUCUAAUAUAGAAAAUAAUGAUAGAAUAGCUGCAAAGAGAAAAGGUAAAAAGAAGAAAACUAAAAAAAGUUCUAUUGAAAAUGAAAAUAUUGAAGAACCUAUAAUAGAAGCAUUAGCUGCAACAAAAAAGAAGUCUAAUAAGAAAAAAACUAAAAAGAGAUCCAAUUCCAUAGUUGUAGAAGAUAUUCUUCCAGAACAUAAUAAAAGCUUGAAUAAAAGUAAUGGAUCUAUUGAUUCCUUUCACAGCGCUGCAGGCAGCCCUGUCAAGUUUAAUCAAGAAUGUUUUAAUAAUUUUGAAGCUAAAACUAAUCAAUCACCAAAUGACAAAAAAAGUAAGAUAAAUACUAUAGAGAAAGAAAAAUCAAAUCACAACCUUGUAGAAAAGGGGGGUAAAAGGAAACAAAAACUAAAAUCAGAAAAGGUUGAAUUACCUGCCAACAGUCCUAUACGUCAAUCUUUAACCAAUGAAAUUGUAAAUAAAACUGAAAAUAUAGUGCUAAAACAAUCUGAAAUAGAUAAUACUACUUUUGAAAAGGAAAAGGACACUUCAGUAUUAAGUAACACUUUUGAGACUGUUUCUAAAAAUAUAUCUAGUGGAAGAGUUUCAAUUUGCAAUGAUAAUGAAGAUAUAUUGGCAACGGGCCUGAAUUCAACAUAUGAAAUGAAAAAUGUAUCAAAUAAAACAAGUAGUUCUAAGAAAAGGAAGUCUUCAACAUUAGAUAAAAGUAGUUUAAACGGGACAAAACUAAAUGCUACAUAUGACACAGAAACAGCUAAUGAGUUAAAUUUAAAUAAAUCUGAUGUGAAAGAAACAUCAAUUUCUAAUUUAAAUUUAAGUGCUGCGAAAAGUAAAAGAAAGUCAAGUAUUGUGAAUUCUACUUUUGAUAAAAUUGAAAACUCAUCUGUUAUAAAUUUAGAUGCCACAUUUGAAAAGACACAAAACAAUUCAUCUAAUCAUAAUACCGAAAUAGAAAACAGAAGCUCGAGAUCUUCAAAGCAUUCAUUAGGACAAGUAUCCAGCUUAAAUAACACUUAUGACAAAAAUACAAAUAAUGUUACUGUAUCUUUAGAUGCAACAUUUGACAAAAUUGAAAAAAUGAAUGACACAUUUGAUAAAAAUACAACUCAAAAAUCUAACUCGACUUUUGAAAAGCCAGCUGUUAAAAGAAAAAGCUCAAUAAUAAGUUCCGACACUACGGAUUCAAGAUCUGACUUGACAGAUGAUAAUUCUCGCAUAAGUAUAACCAGUGAUGAAUCAAAGGAAAAUAUUGUGAAUACUACUCCAGUACUCAUUGAGAGUAGCUUGGAUGAAUCACAAAUGAAUGGCUUUACGGAAAACAUACAAUCCCCAAAACAACAAAGUGCAGUUAAAAUUCAAACUCCUUUGAAACGAGAGGGGACUUUCAAUAAAGAUAUGACAACAACACCACUUAAAAGGGAAGGAACCUAUACUGAACUUAAGCCGACUACUCCAGUGAGGGAGGACACAUUUACAAAAACAAGUACAACUCCUCUAAAUAGGGAAAAUACUUUUACAGAUACAAAAACUGUAUCCGAACCAAAUGAAAAUGUAGAGAACAAGGAAGUUACCCCGCUUAAAAGGGAAGGAACAUUCACCAAAGAUUCCGAUUCAUAUUCAUCACCAGAACAGAAUGAUAAAGUUAGACGUAAGUCAUUACCAUCCCCAGGCCAUACACCAUUCCCGCUGUCUAGAAGUACAUCAAAGGAUAAAAACAUGUUGAAUAUAACAAGAUCAAUAGAAAAGAGAAGGUCAUCGUUAAGGGAUGUAGCGCCUAGAACAACUAAAGUAAUGUUUUGCAGUCCGGUCAAUAAUCCCGCUAUAGUGACACAGAUGAAGGGGAAGGUUAUUAAGUCUAAUUUGAAGGGUUCCAAUAAAAGCUUCGUUUUUGAUGAAAGUGUGUCAGAGAUAACUCGUCCAGCUCGCAAGCGUUCUUACACACAGAGCGAGGCGGACGAGGUGCGCAGCAAGCGCAAGCGUCUCACGGAGGACCAGCAGCACUCCGUGGAGCGCCUGUCUAGACCUCGCACUGCCAGUGCAUCAGCUCGCCUCCAAGACCCGGGCACGCCAUCCAAGAAGGUCACAACGCCAUCCAAAGCCAAGCCGGAGAAAGUAUCCCGCACCAAGCUGCCUAACUUUGCUGCUCUGCAUCAAAAACAGUUUGAGAAGAUGGAGUCUCUGGAUGAGUGUCAAGAGAGAAAGGCCAAGAGAGCUCGGCAGCUGCUCACUCCCACCGCACCCAUCAAUGUUCUAGAAAGAAUUAGUCCUAAAGAACAACAUUCGCAACAAGUGGAAGUCUCCAAAAAACCGGAGACUCCUAAAAAACAUGAAUUUAAUCCAGGCUAUUCCAGAUUUGGCUUCAAACUCAACUUAGAUGUGAACCCCUUCAGUUUUCCCAAAAACACAGAAAUCAAGCUUCGGAACAAACCUAAAGUACUUAACUUAAAGCGACAAGCAACAUUGCCUUCAUUAACCGGAGCAACAAAUUUGCGAAAGAACAUCGCAAAACAAACUAUUAUGCGGGAAAAGUCCUUCACAGAUAAACGAAAUGUCGACAGAAAAGAAAACAGAACGGUGAUAAAAGGCGUACGGACGAACAGACGGUUCGAAUUGCAAAUGAAAAUGAGGAAUAUUAAUGAAAAA